AACAUUUGGCUUCUUUAGCUCUCAUAGAACACCAUACCCAUCCAACAAACUGCCUUCUAAUCAUUUUAUUCGAUUGAAGAGGAAAACUUGUAAAUUUUAGUUUUAUUUUCUUGAGACUGCAACGGAAAAAAUGGGAAGAGCACCAUGUUGUGAGAAAAUGGGGGUAAAGAGAGGACCGUGGACUCCCGAAGAAGAUCAAAUCUUGAUUAACUAUAUUAAUCUCUAUGGCCAUUCUAACUGGCGAGCGCUUCCCAAACACGCAGGUUUACUUAGAUGUGGGAAAAGUUGCAGACUUCGUUGGAUCAAUUAUCUGAGACCAGACAUCAAACGUGGCAAUUUCACUCCUCAAGACGAACAAACUAUCAUCAAUCUACAUGAAGUCUUGGGCAACAGAUGGUCUGCGAUUGCUGCAAAAUUGCCAGGACGGACCGACAAUGAAAUUAAAAAUGUUUGGCACACUCAUUUGAAGAAAAGACUCAACAAAGACCGCAACAAUGGCGGAGUCACCAAUGAGCUUAACGGAACUAACGAGACCGCACAUGAAGACAAAGAAUCUGUGAUUGUCGACACAACUCCUACCCAACAAUUUACAACAUUAGAGAUUUUAAAUAAUAACAAGGCGGACGAAAUGAUGUCGUACGAGGAUAUUUCUGCAUUGGUUGAUGAUAGUUUUUGGUCUGACGUUGUAUCGGUAGAUAAUAAGAAUAGUAAAGAGAAAAUGGUAGAGGAUUGGGAGGGAAUGCUAAAUAGCAAUAGUAAAAUAUAUAGUUAUAAUAACUCGAAAUUGUAUAAUGAUGAUCUGGAGUUUUGGUUUGAGGUUUUCAAUAGUAGUCGUAGGAUUGAAGAACUUUCGGACAUACCCGAGUUCUGAUUUUGAUUUUGUGUUGUCGUUAAGACUUGGAAGGGUCUUUUGUAAACCAAAUUAAUAUUUCCUCUA